UAGCUUUUUAUUAUUCUGUACUCAAGAAAUGACACUAGCGUGGUAGUCUAUAGUAUAUUAUCACUUACCAAGUUGGAAACUAGUACACUCAAGGCUAGCACAUAGUGUCGCUCCACAACUUUCGAACAAGCGGUCUUCGACAAGUAAAAUAAGGACAUAUUGUGGGUCUUAAGUGAUCAUGUUUUUUUUACAAGACGGGCGAAAGCAGUCAUUCAUGAAAUUACUUGCUGGACAAAUACGAUGAAAGAGUUCUUAUCUUCCAUAUGUACUUUGUUUCUCUCUAUUUACGAUAGCUAUAAGAGAGAAUCAAGAUAAACAGCCGGCCUGGGGCAAUAUUUGUUCAGUAGCCAAGGACACUACAUUAUUUAUCUAGUCACCAGGCGCCACCGGGCCGUAUGGCGGGUGUCCCCGGUCGCUGUGACUACUACAGCCGGCAGGCCGACUUAGCCAGCCCCGGACAUUUUGCCUACUGUCUUUAACAUCUUCAUGUGUUAUGAUGCUAGUAUUCAAUGACCAGAGUUUGCCAUGUUUACAGAGAGAGACCUCACAGCCAUGGGCCUUGACUGGAACAUGUCUUGGAACUCGUCCGGUGUUGACUGUCCUGACAAGUCGUACCAACUCAGGUUCUAUGUGUACACCGUGGUUGAGGUGAUGAUAGCGUUCCUGUCCAUAUUCGGGAACACCCUGGUGUGCGUGGCUGUCCUGCGGGGGCGGCGACUCCGCACGCCGAGCAACCUGUUGGUCGUGUCCCUGGCUGUCGCCGACAUCUGCGUUGGGCUUUUCGCCAUCCCCUUCGCCAUCGCUACAAGCGUCGGUCUGCCUCUUCACCCCUACGCUUGCUGUUUCACCCUAUCCUUCAUCAUUAUCACUACGCAAACUUCCAUAUUCGGCAUGCUGGCCAUUGCCGUGGACAGAUACAUGGCGGUCGGGCUGCACCUGUCCUACGCCCGCCUAGCCACCACCCGCCGCACCUGCCUCACCAUCGCCGCCACCUGGGCGGCUGCAACCGUCAUCGGGCUCGUCCCCAUGGUGUGGCAUCGUUCCCAGUCCGCCUUCAUCUGCUGCUACUUCGAAGAAGUCAUCAACAUGUCUUACAUGGUGUAUUUCAACUUCUUCGGGACUGUGCUUCCACCGCUGGUUGUGGUGGCUGCUAUAUACACGCGGGUGUUUCUCAUUGCGCGGUCGCAACUGAAGAAGAUAUCCAAACUUAACAUCGGUCUCAGCAUUAGGGAUCGUAGGAUUGCCAAAAUCAAGAGAGAACUUCGAGUGGCGGUCUCCCUGGCCAUGGUUGUGGGAGCAUUCGCCGCCUCCUGGUUGCCUCUUCACAUCAUCAACUGUAUCAACUUCUUCACGACCACGAGAGUUCCAAACCAAGUAGUUCUCAGCGCCAUAGUGUUGUCCCAUGCUAACUCGGCUGCCAACCCAGUGAUCUACACGUGGAGGUUAGAAGAAUUCCGUAACGCCUUCAAAGCCAUUCUGACAUCUUGGUGUCAGCAAACGUUUCGUCAAGACGAGGAACGUCAUCUGAAACCUGUUCGCAGCUACGCUCAGUUGAACAUGAUAGAGAUGCAAAAAUCUCGCUCAUUUCCAUAAUAUCAGAAGAAAACGUUCAUUACAGACUCAUGUGCGAUAGGAACACAACAAACUUGAGAUUUCUCUGUGCCAACCUGUCCGCAGCUACGCUCAGUUGAACAUGAUCCUCUGGUCAAUCAUGAAUCACUCAGUGGAAGUCCGGAGGAUGAUUGACCAUGAUAUGCUUAUCUUAGCUUCGAAUAAACUGCUUUUAGAUAUUUCUAAUGUGUACAUGUACUGUACAGCUGUACUCGUUAAGUAUCACUUUGACAAGGAGUUGUUAAAUGUGAAAACGGUGUAAAGACGGUAACAUGGGUGGGUAUUAUUAUUAUCCAAUUUUGGAGGCUAUAAAAGUCGAACCCACCUGUGAAUACAUCACUAUUCCAAGCAUGGACCUUCUGUCCAAAGCAAAAGAUUUGAAAAAUCCUUAAUAAGGCCACAGCAAGUAAAUUUUAUGGAUGACGUCAGCG